AUCACAUCAAGCCAAACAGCAAAAUCAAAAUCAUCGUUGAUGAACAGAAAAGAGCACAUUUGUGUGCAUUUGCGACCACAAAAAUCACUGCAGGAGAAGAAAUUAUGUUUGACUACGGGGAUCCUGACUGCCCAUGGAGACAUAAAACCAGUACUUCCCUGUGCAGAGAGAUCAAGGAAUCACGAUGGAAGAAUUCAUUUGAAAACCUUGACCUAAAGCCUGGCAUGAUGAAAAUUGAUGACCUUGUUAUCAACACAGAAAUAAAGAUUGAAAAUGGAUGCAAGGCUGCUGAGAUUUUCCCAGGACUUUUUCACAACUGCAAAGUUGCAGUGAAACGAGUUGCCAAACAUAUUUCCAAAAUUGAAAUGGAAAUGGCUAAUUUCCUGUGUUCAGAAAAUUUUAAAGCAGAACAUCUUCUGAAACCCAUUGCGGUGUUGGAAGACACAUACUUUGCCUAUUUUGUCUCUCCUCUUUGUGAAUACAAUCUAAUGGAGCUGAUUGAAAACAAGGAUUUUCCUGAGAGAAAAGGGCUGACAGAGCAUCGAAGACUGGAGAUCUGCCAGGAGUUAUUGCAAGGACUUCAGGAACUGCAUUCACAUGGAAUUUUGCACAGAGACCUGAAGCCUGAAAACAUUUUGUUUGAUAUCAACAAUAAAAUGUACAUAGCAGACUUUGGAGCAAGCAGAAAACUGGAUCUGGCACAAACCACAUUUUCUUGGUCAAGUUAUGAAGAUGUUGGGGGCAUGCAGUACAAAUACAAGAGAGAAUCAGAUAUCCAGGUAGCAGGAUGCUUGGUCCAUUACAUCCUGACGGAUGGGAAACACCCUUAUCAGACAACUACACCCUACGCCAAGGAUCCAUUUGGUCUAUCUCACAAUGUCAGAACGAGUAACUUCACUCUUCAAUGUGAUGAAAGACAAAAAAAUAUCUUAAGCAGAAUGCUGAGCAAAUCAAUGGAAGAGCGUCCUACUAUUGAGGAAUGCCUUCAGGCAUUCAAAAGUUUCGAUCACCAGUCUGAUCAAACUGGAACCACAAACAGCUACAGCAAUAAGAAUGGAAAUAAAGACAGAGCCCAUAUAGAUAAUUGCUUUCCUCAAGCACAAGAUGAGAUGGACAUCCCAGAGAAUCUUUGCAGUUAUGUGACAGAUUCAUAUUCCCACACUGAAGAGGAAUUAUCUGAGUGUGAAACGAACAACACAGAACAACAGGUAUACCCUUUCCUGGAAACGUCAGAGGAAGAAGAAGACAAAGAAGAAGAAGAAAAAGAAAGCAAAACAAAACAAGCACAAGGGAAAGUAGCAGAAGAAAAAGCCAUCCAAGGAAAACCGCUUACAAAGGCUAGGAUGGAAAUGGAUGAAUGUGCCCAAGGUUGUGCAUCUCAACAACAAAAUAUGAUCAAAGUGAAAGUAUCCUCAAACACGCCAUAUCAAGGAAUCUAUGACAAAAAGAAUUUCUGCCUUUACUGUGAAAAGCCUUAUGCAAAAAUCACAAGACAUCUGAUACAGAAACAUUCUAGAGAGGUUGAAGUUGCAAAGGCACUGUCAUGUAAGCAAGGCUCAGCCAAGCGUAAUCUUUUUUUAACCAAAGUAAGGAACAUGGGAAACUACCACCAUAAUAGUUCAGUCCUAUCCUCUGGAAAAGGGGAGAUCAUUCCAAAAAGACAAGCAACAUCUGUGUCAACAGCAACUGACUAUCUGCCUUGCAAGUUUUGCUUUGCUAUGUAUAUCAAAACAGACCUCUGGAGACAUCAUAAGCGUUGCAAAUUACAAGUAAAAGACAAUAUGCCAGUGAAGCGGAAGGUUCAGGCAAGCUGUUCCCUGCUGUUGCCCAUGGACUCAACAAUUUCCAGUGGACUUCAAAAAAUAAUUGAAGACAUGACAUAUGAUGAUAUAACACAGGUGGUAAAAUCGGAUUCGUUGAUUCUGUCAUUGGGUGAGAGAAUGUUCCUCAAAAAUGGAGAAGUUGGAUGACACCGGGCAGAUAUUAGAAAUAAGAUGAGGGAACUUGCCAGACUUCUUCUGGUAGCAAGAGCCAUUGACAAGGACAUUGUUGCUUUAAAGGACUUGAUCAACCCAGCAAAGUUUAACACAGUACUUGAAGCUGUGAAAAAGAUGACCGGAUUUGACAGCUCUACAAACAGAUUUUCAGUUCCUUCAACAGCACUGAAACUGCGACAUUCCCUUGUCAAAGUGUCAUAUAUAUUGCAAGGGGAGGCUUUACGUCAAGAGGAUGAUGCUUUAAAGGGAAGAGCAGUGCACUUUAGCAAGUUAAUUGAACUGGAAUGGACAAUCCAUGUGUCAUCAAAUGCACUGAAAACAUUAUACCAGAAAAAAUGGAAUAGCCCACAAACGCUGCCUCUAGCUGAAGACAUCAAGAAGCUUCAGGAUCACUUAAAGUGCCUAGAGAAGGUCAACAAAAAAGCACUCAUUGACCAUCCAUCCCAAAGGUCAUGGAGUGAUCUCUCCCAAGUGACUCUGGCACAGCUCAUUUUAUUCAAUCGACGUCGUGAAGGUGAGGUUUCUAGGAUGGAAGUUACAACAUAUCUGCAGAGAAACCAACACAAUAUGCAAGAUGAAAUUCUGGAGAGUCUUUCACCUUUUGAGAAGAAACUAUGUGAGAAUCUCACCAGAGUAGAGGUACGAGGGAAAAGAGGUCGCAAAGUACCAAUACUAUUUCCAGUAAAUGUAAAAGAAUCAGUGGACCUUCUAAUUAAAACUAGAGAGGACGCUGGGAUUUCCCCUAGUAAUCCCUACAUAUUUGCACGCCCUUAUUAUGGAUCACAAGAGAACAUGCGUGGAUGUGACAGCUUAAAGCGAUAUGCCGAAAGCUGUGGAGCGAAACAUCCAGAAAAUAUCACUUCCACUAAGUUGAGAAAACAUGUAGCCACAGUUUCUCAGCUACUGAACUUAAAAACGCAUGAACUCGACCAGCUAGCCACAUUCAUGGGACAUGACAUUGACGUCCAUAGGGAGUUUUAUAGACUCCCUGAAGAAACGUUGCAAAUGGCAAAAGUGAGCAGAAUUCUUUUUGCCUUGCAAAGUGGAAUCAGCAAAUUUCAAGGAAAAUCCCUGGAGGACAUAACACCUAACAUAAACUUUGAGGAGGACUCCAACUCAGAGGCAGAGGAUGUUAAUUUAAAAAAACAGACAAAUCAAGAAGGAAAUAGUGACACAGAGGAUUAUCUUUCUGAAAUAAGGGCUGCCAACUCAGGAAAGACUUCAGCCUUCAGCCUUGGAUACAUCAGUAAAUCACUAGUGCCAUUAAAUCAAAAAGUAAAACCCAGAAAGCCCUGGUCAGAAACAGAGAGGAAAGUCAUAGAACACUGUUUCAAGAACUACUUUAAGGAAAUGAAGGCUCCUGGAAAAGUGGACUGUGAAAAAUGCAUAAAUGAAAACAAGAUUUUAAAGGAUAAUGGAAGAGAUUGGAAAGCAGUUAAAUACUUUGUGCACAACAGAAUAAAUUCAAUGAAGAGAAAUUUGGGUCAACAGUAUUGAGCCCAUAAACCAUGAGAGCUUGCGAUGUGGAGUAUCAAUGUUGAGUCAUAAUUGUGCCACAACAUUGAUAGUCCAUGUAAAUGGAGCAUCAUUGUGUCAUAGCAUUGAAAUGAUUGACUACAGCUGUUUUCAGUUGCUGUUUUUAGUUACUGUUUGGGCCUCUGUUUUGGAAUGACCUGUUAUAACUUUGAUGUAAGCCACUUUAAAAUUGCACUAUUUUAAAAAUAUGUUUAAAAUACACAUAUUUUAUAAUUUUCAUUUUGAUUUUUUGUUUUACUUUUCUUUAUACUAUCUAUACUAAUUUUAAUAUAAUUAUCUACAUUAUUAUUUCCUGCAAAGCAAAACGCACCUUCUACAUAAAGUACUACAGAAAAAAAUUGUAUUAUUUAAUGGUAUUGUUAUUAUUGUUGUUUAUGUAGCCACUCAUCACUGAGGGUGAAAAGUCUGCACUACCGCAGGGGGGGCUCUUUUAGAGAGCGUAUGAGAUUUUCUAGGUGAUAAAAUAGUUUAUCACUUGGAAAACCAUUUCCGUUGUCAGGAGUGCAGCAGAAGCAAGUGUCAAACCAUCAGUUUAGGAGUGUGUGUGGACUUUAAAUAAAGUUUGACUUGAUUUCAUUCAAAA